AGAUGUUCUCUGUUAUUGUUAGCUGCAAGGAGUAUAUCCUAUAGUUUGCCGUAAGAUAUAUUAAUAAAAAAUAGUAUAUAAUGUCAGAAGCAAUGUCCUUAUCUAGUCGGCGUUCCAAUAUCAAAGUUGGAGUUGGAGCAAUAGUAUGCGAAGAGGCAAUACUAAAAGGAGACAUAUGCAUUGGUUCACGUACUGUUGUUCAUCCCCGAGCAAGUAUUAUUGCUGAAGCUGGUCCCAUAAUUAUUGGCGAAGGAAAUAUCAUUGAAGAAAUGGUAACCAUAACGAACAGAAUAUCUUCGGAUCCAAGUGUCACACCUGUUCAAAUUAUUGGUAAUUAUAAUGUAUUCGAAGUAGACAGCACAUGUGAAGCUUCAAAAGUUGGUGAUAAUAAUAUUUUAGAAAGCAAAGCUUUUGUUAGUAAGGAGGUAGAAUUGACGAGUGGCUGCAUUAUAGGGACUGGCUGUUCCUUGACUGAACAAGAAACCGUACCUGAAAAUACAAUUAUUUAUGGUAAUCAGUGUCAGCGCAGAGAAAUGAAUGACAAACCAUACCCACAAAUAGGACAGCUGGACUACCUCAUGAAAAUUCUGCCAAAUUAUCAUCAUAUUUAUAAGCCAAAUAUGAAACCAGUAAAGAGUGAACCUUCUGCGUAAAAUAUUGUAUAAAAUUAUUUAUUCAUAAGGUAUUGUACAGUAUUUUCUCUUUAGCUACAUAAUUUUAAGGAAAUUGAACAUAUUUAAAUUGUAAAACUGCUGUGUGUAACGCAUCAGUGAGUAAUGCAGAGAUCUGCUUUCCUGCUUGUACUUUUGUAAACUAGAUGGCACUGUAUAUUACUUUCGGGACGAUUUGCAUUUACUGUUCAUAGAACUUUGAUUUUUUAAUCUCUGUUGUUAGACGAUUGUUUAAACCAAACUCAAUCGAAUAUUUGUUGAACAUUCAAUAACUUAUUGAUUUUUUAGCUUAAAUUCAAAAUUGUUAAAAAGGCAACUUAUAUAAAGACAUUUUAACGUA